AUGUCGGCGACAGUUGCUUCGAAUCUAAGCGACUCCAAAUAUCAUCCGUGGUCAGAUGCAUUCAAAGCUCAAGUACAAGCUCUCCAGACAUCAGCGACGAUUUCUUUGGAUGAACCGCGUCCCGAAAAAGAAAGACAAGAAGUGGCUAUUAAAGAAGAAAAGACUAGAGAAAGAGAAGAAGUGGAUGAUGAAAUCUCCCGUCAGAUGAAGCAGGCGUCUCAGGAAGAAGAGAUGCAAGCAAUCGUGGCCUCUGAAGAGCAAGAGCUAGCUGCCUUGCUAACGAAGAAAGUUAGGAGAGGGAAGCUUGUGAGAAAAGAAGAAGAGCGAAUGGAUUUUCUUCGGAGACGUGCUGCGAGGCGGGAAGAACAACGGGCUAUCGGUGAGAUCGAGGGCCAAGCAAUCAUCGAGUCGACCGUUGCCGUAGGCCCCGAACCGACUCUUGCCGCAAGCCUUCCACCGAACGCUACCAUAAGACUCGAAGAAGACUGCCUUGCGCUUGCAACCACUUUUUCUAUCGUUUCAGAAGUUAUCGCCAACGGCGAAAAUACCAUGACUCCGAAUAGCACGGCUAAAUCAGUGGAAUACCACCCCAAAGCAGGCAAAUCUUUCAUGAUUCGAACAAGAACGGAGCCACAUUACAUCCUGACUGUUGAGAACGGAGAGUUGAGGCUCCUAGAGAAGCCUACUCUAGGGGGUGGCUCCUUUUGGCACUGCGUCAAGAGAAGCGGUUGGAAAACCUUUUGCAACAGUGUCACGGGCACAAAUCUCCAUCACGAUGGUCAGGGUAAAAUCUCGAUCCAACGCGGCCACAGUUUAUUCCAGAAUAUGAACGAGUAUUUCACGACAGAGAGGCACGACGAUGGUGGUUAUAUCCUGUUGAUGAAGCACGGUGACGAGUUGUCUCAGGUUGCCAUCUCGGGAGAUGGAAAAUGCUUGGUUGAGCGGAAAGAAGAUGGGACAGCCUGGGAUUUUAUUGAAGCCAAAUAUGUUUCUUCUUCCAUGAUUCUCACAUAUUCCAACAUAUGA